AUGAGGAGAGGGUCAGCGAAUGCGCUGAGGGAGCAAGAUGACGAAAGGUUCGAGGCGAGAAUAGAUAGGCUUGAGAAAGCACUCUUGAGUGCAAUCGAGAAGGCCAACCCGCCAGCCUCACGAGAGAAAGAGAAAACUCCGGGUCCAGGAGAAGCUCCAACCCAGCAAUACUAUGGCCCUCAAGAGGGGGAUUACCAUGCCCAGGUGAAUUCGAUGGGGAGUUGGAAUCAAGGGAAACAGAAGGAUGCACCAUGGCAAACCCAUCCCAAUUUUAGAUGGUCUGAUAAUGACCCGACCCAGCCACCUCCACAACAGAACACCCAGUGUACACACCAACCAGAAAGGCAGACUAACUGGUCUGGGAGAAAUCAGGAAGGGCAGAACAACUGGAACAACCGAUAUCAUAGCGAUCAUUCUAAUUGGGGGAACAGGAAUCAAAACCACCAAAGGAGCUCUUAUGUGCCGCCACAACAGAGGAACUAUCCAGGAAAUUAUCAGAAUUCCCAACCCUAUUAUCAGGAGAACCAAGGGCUAGGAAAUCUGUUCAACAACAGUUCAGGAGGUCAGGAAAACUUUCGCCAGAACCAAGGGAGUGUACCAAACCUGGGUUCAGGACCAAAUCCCAGUCAACUCAAUCCCGGUUCAGGACCAAACCUAGUGCAUGAUUUAGUCAGUUCUCAACAGCAUAUGCAGAAUAACAUGCAAUCCAACAUUAACGUGGUGCAUAAACUUCGGACGCUCAGUUGGAGCAGAAGGCAGCGAUGGACAUGUUGGCAAAGCAAUUGUCCUAGAUCGCAAACUCCUUGA